AUGGGGCGUUAUACACUUGUGCUACUCUUCAUACUACUUGGAUAUUUUGCUGCGGUUUUCGCUGCAGGCAACAAGACAGAGUCGGUGGCGCCUAAGGAGCGCUUACUUUCGCGCCGCGUUCGUGCUCUGGUCUUCCCCAAUAAGGCCUCUGUGUUGAUAACGGCAGCAUUGACCAAAAUUAUUGUAGGCGGUCGACCAAGUGGACUGCAGUAUAGUUUAGAAUUUGAUAUGUAUGUACCGCUACCGGAUACUGUGGAGGGCUGGCGUCCAAAAAUACUCCUGGAUCAUACAGCUAAUAAAAAACAACCAGCUACAAAGCCAAAACGUCGUUGGGAUUGGAAUUGGCAGGGAUACGGACAGAAUAGCUCAGUUUAUAAAUAUCCUUAUCGUAGACCUAAUAUGUACUAUCGUGGACCCUACCAAGCAGAGACCUAUACCAAAUAUGUUAAACCCAAAACACACAAAGAUUACUUCUAUAAAAACCCUUGGCAAUUGAGCGAGGAGCCCUGGCAACGCAGUCAUCAGCCCACUGCUGAGGAAGAAGUCUAUGAAUCCUGGGUACAUGUGCCCAGCUGGAAGCUAAAUCGUGACUAUAGAGAACGACGCGCAAUCUUUGAUCAAUUUGAGGCAAUGGGAAAUUUCUUUCAGAUGGACCUAAGAUCCUGCAUAAAACGAGCCAUGUGUGAGUUAAAGGCCAGGUUUAAUGAGAACCAUGGCCAGGGUAUGCUAAUGGAGGACCUCUUGCGGAUUAUAUUAACUGUGCCCGAAGAGAUAACCGAUGUUAAAUAUAAACAUCGCGUGGAUGUGCGUGACUGUACUCGUUUCUAUGCGGUUUCCUGCCCGUAUAGAGUGUUGGAAUUUCUGUCAUGGAAUGUUAGGCAUAGUUCAAAGAAAAAGUAGACAUUGAGAUUAC